AUGCUGACAAAUCCAUCCUCGUACCCGUGCGAAAUUGCUUCUACUCUAUGCGGACAGGCCUACCGCGUGCACUACACAGACCGUCCGCAUUUGGAGUUGCCGUUUUGGGACACGAGUAUCAUGGAUGUCAACGAGGCGACAAAGAGCGGUGGUAAGGAUGAACAGAAUCACAGUCGAAUGUCUGCCGGCCAGGGUCAGGUUGCUGCCGGUGGUCUGAGCGCACCCGGUCAUCUGUUUCUGCUGACGCAUCUCACCGCCGACACCACCUAUUACAUCCGAGUUAGUGCAGUCAAUGGAAAAGGAGAAGGACCACCGUCAGAUAUCUCAGUGGUAAUCGUGCGACCCGGGUGUGAGUCAGGCUAUUUGUUUUAG